AUGCAUAUACAACGCUCUCUUGUACGAUUAGAUCAUCUCUUCUUUCAACUUCACUUAGAUCAACAAGAACAACAAUCAUUAGUCAUGGAACCAAAAAUGAUUUCUACUUUAAGUCCAUUAAUGCCUAUCUGUCGUUAUUUAUAUCGGCUUUUAAUUCCAAUCUAUUAUAAUCAAGUUGCUCAUCUGAUGACGAUUGAUAAUGGUGCUGAUCUAAUUCAACGUUUAGAAAAUUAUCAAGAAAAAGAUUAUUUACAAUCGACAACCUAUUUCAUUACUCUUCAUAUUAAAGAUCCUUAUACAUCAAUUACACAUGCGCAAUUAUUGCACACGUUAAAAUGUUUUCUUGAUGACUUUAUUCGGGAAGAAACCAUACAAGGCAUGAACGCGAUGGCUAUUUUAAAAUUAACAGAAUUUCUUCUCCAACAUCAAUAUUUCGUUUUUGAUAAUCGUAUCUAUCAACAAGUUUGUGGUGGUGGUACAGGUUUAUAUUUCAUGCAACUUUUAAUUGAUAUCUAUUUAUUCUAUUGGCAACAACCAUUAUUACGCUUAGAUCAGCAAGAUCAACAUGAAAUAUUUGUUCGCUGUUUUGAUGAUAUAUUUCUGAUAUGGAAUGAAUCGAAAGAAAAAUUUCAUGAACUAUUAAAAACGAUGAAUAACAACGAUUCAUCCAUACAAUAUGAAGUCAAUGUACAAACGAAAGAAAUUCAUUAUUUGGAUGUAGAAAUU